AUAUGAAUCAUCAUAGAUCAGCAGAAUGGGGAGAAUUACCAUCAUUGGUAUUGGGCCAGAUAUACGAAUAUUUAGAGCCACGAGAUCGUCUCAAUGCCAGUCAAAGUUGUAAACAUUGGCGCAGUGUUUUAUUCCAAAAGAGAUUCUUUACCAAUUUCAAACUUAAACUAAAUAUUGACAACGAUCGUCAGUGUAAAUUUUUCCGCCAUACUUUAUACAAUCUGACGAGCGAGCUAAUUAUUAUUUUUGAUUUCAUCAAUGUUUUCCAUAUUGAAAAAAUACGACGCAUCUUAUACAGAAUUGCACGAUGUGAUAAUUUACAAGGUUUACGUUUCCAAACAAAUAAUGUGGGUCUAACACCACCCGGUGAUAUCAGUGAAGAAAAUCUAGUCGAUAUAGAACAACUUUUUGUUGAGCCGUUAAAAGUAUUUUUAAAUCGCAAGCGAACACCUUGCAAUAUUUUGGAUUUAGGUGCAAUUGAAGCUUUAACAUACUAUGGUUUAGACUUCCUGAAAUCUCUGAGCCGGCCUCAAGAGCUGAAAGAACUGACCUUGGCCUCCAUUAAAUACGAUCCUAGUCAUUAUCCCAUGUUUGCCAUGGAGAAUAGCCUCAUACAGAAGUGUACAUCGUUGCAAGUGUUGUCACUGGACUACGAUACCCUUAACGAAGAACUAAUGCAUGCAUUAAAAAUUUUACCACUUAAGAAAUUUUUGAUUUGUGUACAUGGUUUGGAUCGUCAUCAUCCGGGUAUAUCUGAACGGACCUGGGCUGAAUUUUCGGCAAAUUUCAAUAACAUAGAAUUGAUAGUGACGCUAAUUUAUGCCUAUGAAGCCGUUGAAGUUUUGCAAAUGCGUAUAUUGCGUCAAAAUAUGCCCAUAACACAUUUGAGAGUGUUGUUUUGUGAUUACAUGAAUGUUGAAGCUUUGGAGUGGAUUUCAUUGAACAACAGUGCCACCUUAAAGAGUAUCCAAUGGAUUGAUUCCGCCUACAAACAUUCCGAUAAUAAUAUUAUGGACUUAUUUUUACGCACUGGCCAGGAUCCGCUUGUCAUGAUGUCAUGGCGCUGCAAAAAUCUUGAGGAAAUUGUUAUCCAUGGUUAUAUUUUGGAUCCACACAAUAUUGUGGGCAUUUCUCGUUUACGCGGUCGUACCUUAAAACGUUUGGAGGUAUCAAUGAUUGACACCGCACCCAAUGAGGCCAGCAUGGAUUCAUUUAUUGAGGAAAUCAAUACACUAUUAGGCCAAAAAUGGGAACCUCUUAAUCUCAACAAUUCGCAUCCAGCCCUUGGCUAUAUGCCAGUAGCUGAUGAUGUGCGUGAUGAAUAUGUCUUCGAUCUCAUACGACGUGAUAUUUCUAAUUAGAAACGAAAAGAAAACAAACUAAAACAACUAAAAUAAAUCCUU